UUACGACUGGGUUGUAGAAAACACGACUUGUAAUGGCUUUUCCUCAUCGAUCACUUGGCACUCGAUCAGACAAAGAGAAGAAUCCAAGAGUUGGGCAAACUCGAUCUGGUUUAAGGGCUCUAACCCGAAAAAUGCUUUUUUCUAUGUGGGUUUGCCAUCUCGACAGGCUCCCCACGAGAUCAAGGUUAGUUUCAUGGGGAAUGCAGGUUUCUCCUCUAUGUGUUAUAUGCUCCAGAGAAGUUGAAACACAGUACCACUUAUUUUUAUCAUGUCCAUUUAGUCGAGCUAUAUGGGACAGGGUGUUUGUGAGGCUCAAGCUCCCCCCUCGCCUGUUUCAAACCUGGGAUGAUCUUAUUCUCUGGAUGUCAACCCCAAAUAGAACUUCGCUACCAAUUCUGAGGAAGCUUGUGGCACAGGCAACGGUUUAUGCGAUCUGGAAACAGAGGAACAAUAUGCUCCACAAUUCUCAGGUGAUAUCCUCGCAUGAAAUUUUCAAGCAGGAUGAACGAGAGAUUAUCAACUCCAUCACUGCCCGAAAGCAGAGAAAAAAGUUCAGAACCCUCAUGUCCCUUUGGAUUAUGUAAAAGGCUUUUGUCUUCUUCUUCUACGUCCGUCAGUUGUCAUUCCUUUGCUUUCUUGUUUUUUCUCUUUUUUGCUAAGGAACCAAAUCGUUCGAUAACUAAUUUGUAAUCCGAUUCAUUUUCAUUUAAUAUGAUAUUUACUGCUCUAGCAAAAAAAAAGAAUGAAUAGUUGUGUUUUAAA